ACAACCUCACAUGAACUAACCUGUUUAUUGCAUUCUAUUUUCUAUUCAUAUUACGCAGUUUAAUUUUACUUUCACUUUGCAUUCAUUUUCUCACAUCAGUCUCGUUAAUUUUACAUUGGUGAAAAUUACUCCUUAAACAUUAUUUUCACUGUCAUAUUGCGAUUUCAUAAAAUCGUUUUUACGAAAUUGUAAACGUCCAAUUUCUCCAAAGCAAAAUGAGAGGGUACAUCAUAUGUUUCCUAAUCAUCCUAUACCUUUCUUACACGUUUUCUGCUAAGGAACAGGAUGCUGAAUUACUUCUCAUGAAAUACAAGACAAGGGAGCAUGCUUGGGAAAACUUCUUUAUGAGCUGGGAAAUGUGCUCGGACAUUGAAGAUUUCGAGAAAAAACUGGCCUAUUCUCAUAUGAUCAUUAUGGACUCUAUGGAAAAAGUUUGGGAUGAACCAUAUAUAAAACGCCUACUACUGUUUCCGAUUUACCACUUCAAACAGUAUGAAAAAAAAGCAUUUAAAAAUGCUAUGGGUUGUUUUCAGAAGAUCUUUGAGGAUCCUUUUGCCAUUCCCAAGGGCAAAGAAUUUAAACGGCCAAAACGAUCAGUCAGGAGCAAACGCGCCAUAGCUCGUCUUGGCAAAGCGACACUAGAUAUUGUAAGCGGCGCAUUUUCUGGUUUCUUGGGAAAUAUCGCAUCUGAAGGGCUGUUACGUUUCCUGGGAAUAGGAGAUAAUGCAGAUAGUAGCGCAAAAGAAGUGAGAAAUGUCAAUGACUGGAAGGAUAUGAAGGUCACAAAGAAUGACAUCACUGUUGUUCUCCUAGGAGACCGGCGUUUUUUGAGAUCUUUCAAUUUUGUGAUUGAAGAUUUUCAGCAAUAUGUGCUGAAAUGUUUGGCCAACAAUAAGAAAAUGACCUCUGACGAGCACAAGUUCUGUAACAUCAAAUCUCAGAGCUUAGACAAGCAUGAUCUUGAAAGCAAUCCGGAUCCUACGAGUGGUGCGAGAGCGAAAAUGUCCCCCACGUUCUCAUUUACAGCAGUUGUUAUCUACACUUUUUUUCUUGCAUGUACAUUUUAUUAAAUAUUGAAUUUUUAAAUUCUAAUCAGAAUUUAAUUUAUUUAAUAUUUUAAAUAACAUUUCUCUUUUCUCUAUAUAUGUAAUCUCUAUAUAUCAAAUUAAAUAUAAACCUUUGAUUGUAUAAAUAAAUUAGGUAACUUUAAGAUAACAUCACCCUCACAUUACAUUAUUUACAUCGGUCACAUUUGACGGAUAUUUGUACUCAUCUUGUUUGUUGUUAACACAACGUUUCAACUGAAUAACGUUAAUAAUGUAAAUCAUAUACAUUAUUAAAGCAUGAGUUUUAAUUCUUACACUUUUUUAAAGUAUAAUUUUUACAUGUUGCUACCGUCAUUUUUGUUAAGGCAUCAAGCAAUAAAAGACCAUUCCAAUUGAAAGUAUACUUACACGUUUUGAAAUCGUGUCAUUUGUUACUAUAUUUACGACAGCGUAUGCAAUUAUGUCAGCGUCAAUACUGUGGCAUCAUGCUUUGUAAACUGCUUCAAAUUUAAGAGCCAAAUAUGUCUUUCGGGAAAGAUACGAGAAUAGCAACAAAAAAUUUGAAGUCAGGAUAUUCAUAAUACUUUGUCAAAAGAUUUACAAUAAGAAAGAAAUAUUCUAAUAUGUAAUAUUACUAAUUUAAAUAUGAAUAUAGAAAAACUAAGAUUUUAAAUAUUCAAUCAGCUUCUCUAACGUAACGAAAAGUCGAAGAGAACGAUAAUACUCCAGAUAGAAUGUCCCGAAGAUAGAAGAUCGCUUUUUUAUUUGGAAAUAUACGGAAUAGUAGAUGGCAAACCGAAAAAACAAAAACAAAAGAGAAAAAGGAAUAUAGUAUACACUUGGUAAAUAAAUCUAAGCUCUAAUCAUAAGGAAAUAUGGGAGGAAAACUGAAAACAAAAACGUUCUCGAAAUUCUUGUAUUGAAUUAGAAGAGCUCGCCACUCACCACCUAAUAAUGAAAAAAUUAAUAUCAUUGGGAUGCAGGUAAAAUCCAAAUCGUAUUAAAGCUUGUGAAGGUGAUACGCAUUUGCAAAUAUCACGAUCGAUGUGGUAGAAUCGUUGUUGAACAUUUUCCUUUAAGAAUUAGAUUAUUUAGAAUAGGAAAAUAACAUCUCCGAAUUAUUUUACUGUCACAGAUGAAAACUUUAAUGGCUAUAUAUCUACAAUAUAUCUACAAUAAAGACUUCGGAUUUAGGUUGAACACCAGCAUUGUCAAUGGAAUGUGUUUAGUCUAUACCAUAAAACACAGAAUUUCACUGAUAUUCAUUUUAACGACCUCGAACAGAUGAAAAGUAAAGAUGAAAUCGGUGGAACUUGAAAUCAGAAUGUAAUGAGCCGCUGGAACAAAUAUCGCACGGCAUUAAUUUGACAAUCUAAAGAUUCGAGCAGCUCACUUCACAUAUCCCUACAUUUCAUAUUAUGGAAUGCUCCCAGACUGGAAUAAUGUAUAGUUUAUAUCGUAGCUGCAAAAGUAUAAUGUUUCAAUACGGAGAUAUUCUUUUCUACCCUAUGAUCUAGGCCCAAAAUUUUGGGUGAGAGGGCCAGUCGAUUAGAUCGACUCCAGUACGCAACUGGUACUUAAUUUAUCGAAUCCGAAAGGAUGAAAGGCAAAGUCAACAAAAACAUGGAAUGAAUCUAUGCAUACAAACGGUGACUACGUAGUUGGAACGAUCAUAAUAUACGUAACUUAAAUAAUAUUAAAAUAUAAGACGAUAACCAGAAAAAUCCGUUCGGCGUCAAUUUCUACGGCC